UGUCCUAAAUUCCCUCCCACUCAAUCUAUAUUCCUCCCUAAAAAAAGCAACACCCCCCACCCGUUUCCUCUUUUCCCCUCUCCUUUCCCCCACCUUCACCCUCUCGCUGUGAGAAGUUGAGAAAAUCAUGGCAGCACUAGUUUCAGACACCUCUAACUCUACAAUUGGAGAACACCUAAAAUGGCGAAAACCCAGAAAACAUCAAUCAAGACCAACAGAUCCAAACCCAGAAAUGUCUUCAAUUAUCCAGUCUACUCGCUGCAAAUCCACCAUUUCUUCUCUUCUUCUUUCCACUUUCACAAAUCAUGAAAACACCCGCAACAAAAAUUACCCCAAAAAAACCUUAAAGAGUUCAACUUUAAGAGGUUUUGGGUGUACUGCUCAACCUCGAGUUACUGUUCCUGCUGUUAUAAGGUCUUCUGCUGAUUGGGAAGAGAAUGAAAGCAAAAAAAAAACAAAAUGUGAUCAAUCAAAAGAAAAGCACAAUAAAGUGAUAAUGGAGGAAUCUUUUGGGUCAGUUGGUGUUCAAGAUUUAUGGUGUGGUGAUGCUUCUGCUGCUGCUUCUGUUGAUUGUGUCAGACCUGUUGUUUCUGGUGGUAGAGGCAAAAUUGAUCUUGAUAAACUUCAUCACAGAGAGCGUGCCUCAACUUCUAGACAAAGAGUGAAUGCUGAGCAUUUUGCUGCCCCUGGUCUGGAUUCUGCCUUCGAAAUUCCCUCAUUUGGGCCCGAUGUAUUUGAAGCCCGGUACUACCAUCAUCUGCGUAAUCGAUCCCCUGAAGGGUUAGCAGAGAUCAUACUGUUUCAAAAUGGUCUGCUGACGGGCAGAAGAUCAGGUGGUCAUGAUAGAUACCAGGACUGGAGACUAGAUGUUGAUAAUAUGACAUACGAAGAAUUACUUGAACUUGGUGAUAGAAUUGGGAAUGUCAGUACUGGACUGGGAGAUGAUCAGAUUGGCAGAUGUUUAAGGAAAACUAAGCUAUCUGUGCUAAAUGAACUGCGCGCACAAGCCCACAUAUCAGUAGAGAUGGAAGGAAAAUGCAGCAUAUGUCAGGAAGAGUAUGAGGUGGAGGAAGAGGUGGGGAAACUGGAAUGUGGGCAUGGUUAUCACUUACACUGCAUAAAGCAGUGGCUUGUGCGGAAAAAUGCUUGCCCUGUCUGUAAAGCGGAAGCAUCUUCUCUCUAGGAUCUCAAGUGGGUUGUGUUAUGUGAUUAUUGAUAUUUUCCCAUUUGUAUAGUUUUAAAUUUAGCGGUUAUUGCAUACGACUAGAGUUUGUUCAUCGCUGUGAUGCGAGUUUAUUGGCUGUUGAAAAGCUUGAUUUCUCACUUCAACUAAGCGGGAAAUUUUUUAUCAAAUGGGUUUUUUUCCUCUCUGCUGAAGAAUUUAUGAACUGUACGAGAGAGCUUUCUUUCAUGUUAUUGGUUUGAUAUAUUUUUUAUUCUUAUGUAUUUGAAAUUAUGUUAGAUCUGAA